UGUGCAUGCUUACUGAUUAUGUAUUAAUGAGUUAACAAGCUGUCCAGGUGGCACAAAUUGUUUUCUGUUUGGCUUUAAAAGUCCUGGUUUGGUUGGAAUUAUAUGUAUAGUUAGUUUGGCUGCCAGGAGGUUAAGUGAGUGGGAAAGCAUGGAUGUGAUUAAAUUUACUUUUUUGGUGUUUCUUUAUCAGCAGUUGCUAUGGCAAGGAAACGUCUGGAGUCAGGCUGCGAACACCACCACCACCCCGCCGUCUCUGGAGGACAGCCCUGUAGUUAACCACACCACCACCACCCUGCCGUCUCUGGAGGACAGCCCUGGAGCUAACGGCAACACCACCACCCCACCGUCUCUGGAGGACAGCCCUGGAGCUAACAACACCACCACCCCGCCGUCUCUGGAGGACAGCCCUGGAGCUAACAACACCACCACCCCGCCGUCUCUGGAGGACAGCCCUGGAGCUAACAACACCACCACCCCACCGUCUCUGGAGGACAGCCCUGGAGCUAACAACACCACCACCCUGCCGUCUCUGGAGGACAGCCCUGGAGCUAACGGCACCACCACCACCCCGCCGUCUCUGGAGGACAGCCCUGGGGCUAACGGCAACACCACCACCCCACCGUCUCUGGAGGACAGCCCUGUAGUUAACAACACCACCACCACCCUGCCGUCUCUGGAGGACAGCCCUGGGGCUAACGGCAACACCACCACCCCACCAUCUCUGGAGGACAGCCCUGGAGCUAACGGCACCACCCUGCCGUCUCUGGAGGACAGCCCUGGAGCUAACGGCACCACCCUGCCGUCUCUGGAGGACAGCCCUGGAGCUAACGGCACCACCCUGCCGUCUCUGGAGGACAGCCCUGGAGCUAACGGCAACACCACCACCCCGCCGUCUCUGGAGGACAGCCCUGGGGCUAACGGCACCACAAGCUGGCUUCAAACGUUGCCUUGAGUCCUGUUGAAUGGGUUCCAGGUGCUGUGUAGUUGUCAAACAUGGUUUCAUUAGCCAAAUAAAGCUUUUAAAUUA